AUGGCAACUGGUAUUCCGACGAAACUGAAAGCCGCGGAUAUCACCCGCUUUGUCACUCGAGCGUCGCAGCUCGAGAAAUUGAAGCCGGUGAUUUCAUAUUGGUGCAAUUAUUGGACUGUGAACCAAAUACUAUCAAAGGGACUCCACAAUACAGAUGGCGAAUGCCUAAAAUACACGACAGAUCUUAUGGAUAAGUUAGAGAAGUUCAAAUCCGAACACGCUGAUGAUGAUACCGUCAUCGAUGACGCUGCUGGACAGGCUUAUGUGGAGCAAUUUGGGUUGGAAACUUUCCAGCGGGCUGACAACGCUGUUCGGGCCAAUAAAGCUUCAUUACAAACUGCGGAUACGUUCCAAGCUGCGGCCACAUUCCUAGAGCUAUGCCAGAUAUGGGGGUCGAUAGAUCCAGAAACAGCUGCCAAGAUUAAAUUUGCAAAAUAUCACGCUUUGCGCAUUGCCAAAGCGCUUAAGGCAGGGGAGGAUCCGAAUUUAUCGAAUCCGUCGAUGGAGGAGGAGGAGGAAAACCUACGAGACGGGCCCACCUUGGACCCCAAUGAUCCUGAAGUUCAAGCGCUAAAUGGGAGCCCAUCACAAUCGGUGCCAGAAGUCAAACUACGACAACCGUCCGUAGAAGAUGUCCCGGAUGAGUUUGACAACGAGGAGCGAAGAUUAGCACAACAGUCACUCCUAAACGAAUCCCUCCACCCCUCCAGAGUCUCAUCUGUUCCCCCCACACGACGAGCUGAAUUAGGCAAUAUCACAGCUGCAUCUAGUACGGGCCUUCCAAGCCCACCCACGUACUCAGCUGUUCCCUUCAAAUCUCUCUCAAGCAUUGGUUCCUGA